AUGCGGCAGGUCAUUGCCACGGCCCUCUUCAAGGCGCGGCGCGAAGCUCGCCUCUCGCCGUCAGACGCUGAGCGCGCGCUGCCCGUUUCCUCGGGCUCCGCGCGGCCGCUGGCUGCCGAAGUUGGCGCAGGCUGCGCGCCACCCUCUCCGCUGCGCUUUCACCCCACGAGCGACUUGCACGCGAGGGGCGGGAGGGACGAGGCGACGGGAGGGUGGCGGGGUGGCGAGCAGGAGGAGCUGGGCUUGCCGCUGCCUGCUGCGCGUCGGCGUGUGAUCCUCCAGAACGGCGAGGUCGUCGGCGUGCAGGCCAAGCUGGCGGAGGUUGCGCGGAUCGUGACGGACGCUGCUGCGGCGGCGGCGCGCGAGGAGGGGCGCGCCGCAGCUGAGGGGGCCGUGGCGCUCUCGUGCUUUUCCCUGCGCGACACGCAAGCGCUCCACGGCGCGCUGCGGCGAGCAGAGUGCGUCCUGCACCUGGCGGGACCGUACGAGGAGACCGCGUCGGCCGUCGCCAGCGGCGCCGUCCUCGCGCGCACACACUACGUCGACGUGUCUGGCGAGUGGAGGUCUGUGCAGGCGGUGCAGGCUCUCGGCGACCGCGCCGCCGCCUCGGGAGUGAUGCUUCUCCCCGCCGCCGGCUUCGACUCUGUGCCGACCGACGCGCUCGCCGCCAGACUCAAGCUGCGGUGGGCCGCCUCCACGGCGGUGGUGGUUGGGGUGCUACCUGUGCGGGGGGCCCUCUCCCGCGGCACUGCCCGCGUGCUGCUGCGUGCUCGCCGUGCGGGAGAGACGCCGCUCGCGCUGGUUGGCGGCGAGGUGCAGCCUUGCUCGGGGGUCGGGCCGAGCCUGGACUUUGGGGCGCCGCAUGGCGCGCUGCCAACGGCAGUGACGGCUCUCCCCGACCUCAUCACCGCAUCGCUGCUGCCGUCACGGGCCGGAGAGCCGCGCGUCUCCUCGCUACUCAUCACGCAGGCAGGCUGGUUUGCCUCGGCGCGGCCGCACGAGGUGGAGCCGUUGCUUGAGCGUUUCGCGGCGGCUUCGGCCACAGGCCCAGACGAAAGGGUUCGCAUGGCGGCCGCGGCUGUCUGCUCUGGCGAGGCGCGUGAUGCUGCGGGUGGCUUGUUGGGCCGAGGCCUCCUGCGCGUGCCCGAUCCGUACGACACGACGGUACUCUGCGUGGUGGAGAUCGCUUCCCGCGUCCUCAGUGGCAGCGCGCCGCCGGGAUUCCAGUCGCCGUCCUCGGCCUUCGGAGACAUGUUGCUCGACGCUGCACUCGGCGAUCGUUGCCAGUGGACCUUCUCUGAUAGAUGA